GCCAGCCCCCCCCCCCGGCCGGGUAUAUAGCCGCCUGGAGCGCGGAGAAGGGCAGCGGAGCGCACGAGGCUCUCACCCGCCAUGGAUCUCCUGGGAGCCAUCGCCCUGGUCCUGGUCAUCUGCCUGUCCUGCCUCCUGCUCCUCUCCACCUGGCGGCAAAUGCAGGGCCGGGGGGCAAUGCCCCCGGGGCCCCCCCCGCUGCCCCUCCUCGGGAACCUGCUGCAGGUGGAGCUCCGCGACAUGCGCAAGUCGCUGAUGAAGAUCAGCGAGCGCUACGGCCCCGUCUACACCCUCCACCUGGGCCCCCGGUGGGUGGUGGUGCUGUGCGGCUACCAGGCGGUGAAGGAGGCCCUGCUGGACCAGGCCGAGGCCUUCAGCGGGCGCGGGGAACAAGCCACCUUUGACUGGAUCGCCCAGGGCUAUGGAGUGGCCUUCAGCAACGGGGAGCGGGCGAAGCAGCUGCGCCGGUUCUCCAUCACCACGCUGAGGAACUUCGGGGUGGGGAAGCGAGGCAUCGAGGAGCGGAUCCUGGAGGAGGCUCAUUUCCUGCUGAAAGCCUUGCGGGGCACGAAAGGUUUGCCCUUUGACCCCACCUACUUCCUGAGCCGCACGGUGUCCAACGUCAUCAGCUCCGUGGUCUUCGGGGACCGGUUCGACUACGAGGACAAGGAGUUCCUCUCCCUGCUCCACAUGAUCACCGAGAGCUUCCGCUUCACCGCCACGGCCUGGGGGCAGCUCUACGAGAUGUUCUCGGGCACCAUGCGCUACCUGCCCGGCCCCCAGCGCGCAGCGUUCAAGCAGCUGAAGGGGCUGGAGAAGUUCAUCGAGAGGAAGGUGAAGGCGAACCAGAAGACCCUGGACCCCAGCGCCCCUCGGGAUUUCAUCGACUGCUUCCUGGUCAAAAUGCAGCAGGAAAAGGAAAAUCCUUCCUCUGAGUUUUUCCUAAAGAACAUUGUUCUGACGGCGCUCAACGUCUUCUUCGCCGGGACAGAGACCGUCAGCACCACCCUGCGCUACGGCUUCCUGCUCCUGCUGAAAUACCCGGAGAUCGAAGAAAAGAUCCACGAGGAGAUCGACCGGGUGAUCGGGCGGAACCGCGCCCCGAGCAUGGAGGACCGGAGCCAGAUGCCCUACACUGACGCCGUCAUCCACGAGUUCCAGAGGUUCUGCGACGUCAUCCCCAUGGGCCUGGCGCGCCGGGUGACCAGGGACACCCAGUUCCGGGGAUACACUAUUCCCAAGGUAGGCCCCGGGGUGUCUAUCCCCCGCCCCACCCCAUGGCUGUGUAGGGCUGAGCAUUGCCCCAGGCAGCGGGGUGGUCUGGAGCUCAGGAUGCCUGGGUUCUCCUCCUGCCUCUGGGAAGUCGUGUGGUCUAGCGGGCCGGGCACCAGACUGGGGCUUAUGAGACCUGGUUUCUGUUCCCAGCCCUGCUACAGGACCUCGAGUGACUCUCUUUCCCCCCCACCCUCUGUCUAGGUCCAAUUCCCAGCU